AUGUCUAUCGAUGAUCUGAAAGACCAAAAUCAAACGACCAUCGCCACUACGGAAAAGUCUUUCAUCCUUGGCGAGAUGCGAGUGCUCGCUGUAUUAUAUACUCUCCUGCUAUCGCCGGCUGGAUCUAGACCAAUGUCUAUACUGAAGAUGACAUUUGGAGAUUUGUCUUUUGCCAAGGCAAGAGAUCCUGAGGGUGGACCACACCAAAUUCUUAUCCGAUUUUCUCUGCGAUUUACGAAGACAUGGCUCGGUCCUAAAGCUACAAAAACUCAUCCUCUGCCUGAGCAUUUUCUUGGUUCAUCGUUCCUUCUUAGCACUCAUGUCUUUUUAUUGGGGCUGAUGUUUCAUCAUCGCGCAUUUCGAGCCCCUGACCUCAUAUCACCUGAGCAGCUAGACUUCCUUGACAUUCAUUCAGGAGACCGGGAGCUGAGUCUUCCGUUGAAACAGGACAUCCAAGACACCUUCCUAUUUCGCAAGAUUAUCAAAACGGCCACCGGAUACGAGAUGUCCGCGGAACAGCUUCCUUACAACGUGGUGCACAGAAUGUUACGGAUGAUUGGGCAGAUAUUGGGGCGCGAGUACCCUACUAUCUCUUACAGCCUCCGCUACAACACCGGAAAUGCACUUGAUCGAGACCGUACGUCUAGUUUUCCCCAGUCUACUUUUGAUGCUAAACUUUCACAAGCGCACGUCAGCGACUCACUGCGAAACGUGAUCCUCGGUCAUCAGGAUUCCUCAGUUUUUCAAGACCACUAUCUUGGCCGCGAGAUUGCUGUAGAUACAUCGGCCAUUGUCCAAGGGCUGGAGCCAAAGCAGGCCAUGAUGAUACAAGCAACUAGUUUGGGCCAUUCGGCGAGCAAGCGACGGCCAAGACACCUUACAACUGAACAGCACGAGAUAAUUAAAUCACAUCCGACGGUUGUAAGGCUGCAAAAAGAAGUACUACAACAUGCGCGGGGCUCCGAAGACUACAGCAAAGCCGUCAAAGAUUUAUCGAAAGUCAAACUUCGGCUUCAAAAUGAAGAGAAACAGAAAAUGCUCGACGAAUGGACGGCUGAACAGGCAGUGGAGGACAUUCAGCGACAGCUGCACGGUAUUGGCUUCAAACCGCCAGCGGAGGACACCGCAAGCGCACCCCAAGGACAAGAACAAAUGAGAUUCACGGAAGCAUUGAAUGUUCCGCCUUCUAAAAAGGUCGAGGAAUACUUUCCGCAGAGAAAUGAAGCCAUUUCUGCCAUCAUGGCCUACUGCCGGGUCUACGAAGGCCCCCCCUCCCGACGGCGUCGUGCAGAGCCUGUCAGACCGGUUCAGCAGGCUAAUGAUUUGGAAUUAAAUAACGAGACUCGGAAAGAUGCGGUGCUGAAGUCGGUUAUGGUAGAUGAUGCCGUCAAACGACCACGGAAGUGCUUCGUGUGUGUUGGCAACGCACUUCGCCCUGACUCUAUUGAUUCGGGAUUUUCGUCUCUUACCGCAGAUUUUUACUCUUCAUCAGACUUGAACAAACACUUUCGUCGCUUUCAUCUUCAAAAUCUGCAAGAGGGCCAAACAUUAGAGUGCCCUGCAUGCUCAGGCGUUCUACUUGAGCACAAGCAAGAGUUUAUGGCUCACGCGCAAGUCGUUCACGGCAUUCAUCUACGAGUUGGCAACAGUUAUGAGGCCGACAGCAAAAAGAACAAUGCAAGCAUUGGCUGUAAAAACGACCGGCGCAGCAGGAAACGUGCAGCUGAAAGCUCCAUCCUCGUGGCUCGGGACGACAGCCGGAAAUUCGGAAACUCCGCCAAUCAUACGGAUCGAAACAGCAACAAUACAAAUAAGCGACAGGAGAGGCUUGAGCAUGCUAUAACCAGCGGAGAAAUGUCAGUUGACCGCCGCACAAGAUACGAUGCAGGAUACUUGCCCGCGACGGCAGAGGCAAAUAAACGCAUUUUCACGGCCUCGGCCAAUGAUGUGGACGACAGAAAUGGCAGGUCAAGCAAGCGACAGAGACUUGAACCGGCCAAUAGACGCGAAGAAGAUUCAGCCAGUCGCCGUACAAAGUACUACGCAGGAUACUCGCCCGUGUCGACAGAAGCCCAUAAUCGCAACUACACGGCCUCAACCAAUGAUGCGGAUGACGAAAAUGGCAGACCAAGCAAGCGACAAAAGCCCACAAGCUAUCAUGCGUCCAAAGUUGCAUCGUCAGAAUAUAAAGGGGAGAGGCGAAGCCCUGUGACAUCGGGCAAUGGCUCUUUUAGCAGUGUACCACGCGCCAGCACAUUCGAAAACCAGCCUAAUCGGAGAGAACGGACUGCAGUGCGGCCACGCGCUAGUCUGCUUCUGCGAAGAUCUUCUCCUGCUGACACGAAAACCCAAACCGACGUGGCCAGUGAUGGCGACCGCGCCAAGAUUACCCGGCAAUGCCAGCCUUCUGUCCGCUUCAGUGAUCAGUCCUCAGACGACAAUUCGAACCGCGGAAAUCGGCCAUCAAUGACACCGAUGUAUGCCGAUGCACGUCAUCAUGGCGCGGUGCUGCGAGAAAAACAGACAGCUAUGCGCACUCCUGGUGGCUAUCGAAUAGAAGCGGCGCCGAAGAGUAUUCUUCGGAGCGCUCGAGAAGCGGCAACAGAUCACCGCAAAAUGCCUGACCCAAUUCAAGUAAAGGGAGGACGUACACGAGUGGCAUUUACUGAUGAGCAAAAUAUGUUACUCAGACAAUUGAAGGGCCAAAGACUUUCAUGGAAGGAGAUCCACAAGUGCUUUACAGACAAGUAUCCAGGGCGGUCGCAGAACACCUUACAGGUGCAUUAUUCUACGAAACUUAGCUCAGGGACCAUGUAG